CACACCCUAUGGCUCCAUCCAUUCAUUGGUUGAAAGAGUGAGUGUGUGUAUUGGUGAUGUUGAAAUUGUUCUCGUUAAAACAGAAGAAACAAUCGGCUCAAGAACAAACAGAAAACAAAACCAGUUCUAAUAAAACAACAGCAGCAGAAUUGCGGCUACAAAAAGACAUAUCCGAGUUGGACACUGGAAAGACUCUUAGUGUUUAUUUUCCAGACAAAAAUAACAUUGUGGAAUUUAUAGUUUAUUGUAAACCAGACGAAGGAAUUUAUAAGUAUGGUUGUUUCGCUUUUCGCUUCAAAAUACCGCCCACUUAUCCUCACGACCCUCCCAAAGUAAAAUGUGAAACCAAGGUUUUUCAUCCCAAUAUUGAUGAAGAAGGUAACGUUUGCCUCAAUAUUCUUCGUGAAGAUUGGAAACCCAUUCUCUCCUUAAAUGCCAUAUUAUAUGGUCUUCAGUAUUUAUUCUUGGAACCUAAUCCUGAUGACCCUCUAAACAAAGAAGCUGCCAAUCUAUAUAGAGACAACAAGGCUGCAUUUUAUGCCCAAGUUCAACGGAGUAUGAGGGAGAGUGGAGCUUAUUAUAGUCGUUGAAACUUGAACAAGUUAUCCGAAAAAUAUGGAACAUAUAUUUCUCUCUCUCUCUCUAUAUAUAUAUAUAUAAUAUGGUGAAAGCUUCCUAGUUCUUGAUAAAGUUAACUAGAUUCUAAAUAAUACAAUGU